UUUUCAAGAAUAUUACUAUCGGAAGACUAUUGGAUUUGACUGAUAAUCAUAUAAAACAUGUUCCAGGUCGAUUCCUUCAAAAUUCUCCAGACGUUGUCGAAAUACUUCUACAUAACAACGAAAUCGAGUCUAUUGAUGAAGACAGUUUUGAAGGUCUUUCAAACCUACAAGGAUUAUACCUGUUCAACAAUAAGAUCAAGCAGUUACCCAAUGGAGUCUUUAAAAACCUUCCGCUGACAAAACUAUUUCUCAACGGAAAUAAUUUUACAAACCUUACUGGACGUCUAUUUAAAGGAAUGAAGAAAACGUCAACUACUUUGUACAUGUUUUCGAACCAAAUAACCUACAUUGAGGAUGAUUUCGUCAAUGACUUGGGAAGCGAAACCAACCUAGUGAUCACAUGUGCAAAUCUGGGAUUUCUUCCAUGUACUCACCAAAAUACAACAGCUAACAUAGCUUGCGCUCCAAACGGCUUGAAUACAAUAAAAGGACUGAACGACUUAGUGACAAAUGCCCUCGCUCGAUCAGGCUUCACUUGCAUCAUGCACCACGUAAACGACAAUGAGUGUAUGGUUUGUAAGAGUGGUUCCUAUGGUAACGGAAGCAUAGACAUGCCCGGAUGUACAAAAUGUCCUCCUGGUGGAUUUUACCAAGACGACAUGGGUAAAAUUAGCUGUAAGAAGUGCAAUAUUGGUACAUAUGUCCACCCAAGUAACGCACCGGGUACUAACCCUCUAUCGUGUCAGGCCUGCCCACAGGGUACCAAUUCAAGUCAACAUGCCGGAUACCGGGCUUGCAAGUGUAUCGACAAAUUUUAUCGUCUUGACCGGUUUGGAAUGUGUCAAACAUGCCCCAACAAGGCCCUUAUUUGUAAAAAUGACUACGCGACUCUCUCAGAGGGUUACUACUGGAAAUGGAAGAACGUUAGCCACCAGGAAGAGUACUCCAGCUUUACCAGGAACCUGGAAAUCGAGAGUAGUGAAGUUUUACAAAGGAAUUGGAAAUUUAACGGAACUCUCCCCAGGCCACAUAAGUGCCCGCGCAAGUCAUGUCUCGGAGGAAUGGAGUCUAGUUGUUAUAAAGGAUAUGAGGGUCCACUGUGUGCCGUGUGUAAAACGCAGUACUACGACAGGAUGAACAGGUGUAUCCGCUGUCCAUCAAGUUUGCAGGCAGGUCUUCAGGUCGCUGGUGUUCUAAUCAUGUUUGUUUUCAUACUCUUUGCUCUUUUGUGGGGUGAACGAAAGAAAAUUAAUGGUGGACGUACAUGGACUGAUAUCAUCAUGUCAUGCUUUAAAAUCAUCAUUGGCUUUUAUCAGGUCAUGGCAGGAUUGUAUUCUUCCUUUUCAAAAGUCGAAUGGCCUCCAACUGUAAUUUGGAUGGAGAAGACGCUCCACUUUAUACAACUAAACAUCUUACAGUUUGCCCCGCUCAGCUGCGUAACGCCGAAAUUAUCAUUCAACGCGCUGGAACAGUUCGUUCUGGUAUCAACAGCAAACGUUGUUAUUGUCAGCUUUAUUCUUCUUUACCUUGCCGUUAGAAUCUUUCAGCUAAGACGAAAAAUGGGAAGAGAGGUYGACGAGCGAGUUACGCACACCAAGAUUUCGUGUAUUCGUAACAUCUGUGUGUUGUUAUUCGCCACAUAUCCACGAACCUGCACCAGCAUUGUCCAGGUCCUCUCCGUCAACUGUGUUCCCCUCUGCUUUGAUGAGAAUGAAGAGUACUGCGAAUCUUAUCUCAGGAGUGACUUCUCGAUCAAAUGUGAUGCUCCGCCCUACCUGGUGUACUCAAAGGUUGCCUUCGUUUUUCUCGCUUACCCAAUUGGGCUACCUGUGGUGAUUCUGUUUCUUGUUUGGAAAUAUGUUCCUAGAAAGACCGCAAGCCCUGAAGAAGAAGAGACUGAACUUCAAGAUAUACCAGAAGAAAACAGAAACUAUCCUAGUGGGGAUGCAAUUUUGUAUAAUCCGAACAAGACUGAAACUCCUUUUAAAGCUGGCCUCAGUCUGUUCUACGAGAACUACAAGCCAAGCUGCUGGUAUUGGGAGGCUGUGGAGAUGAUCCGGAAGUUGGUUCUCAUUUCCGGUUUGACCUUAUUUGGUAAGCAAAGCCGUACACAAAUAGGACUAGGCGCGAUUAUAUCCGCCUUGUUUGCAAUCCUGUACGUUUACCUUCGUCCCAUCGCCAACGAGUUUGAGAAUUUUCUCCAAACCGUCGCCCUGAUGGCAAUUUUUCUUAACCUUGGGAUCGGAGUGAUGCUGAAGAUUUCAGAUGACGAGAUGUCACCCUCUGUCAACAAGCGCAACGAUAAAGUGGGCGUGUCCGUGCUGCUGAUUCUCAUCAAUACUGCUGUUGUUGCCAUAGUGAUUGUUGCUUGUCUAAAAAUAUUGGUCUUGCGCAUGUUACGAUGGUGUAGAUCUGCUGACCAUUCAUGCCAUGGUGACGAGUGUUGUAAAGUGUGCGGGAUGUUCUGUAUGAGUCUGUUGUUACCAUCGAGACUGGACAGAGGUGAUUCUCAUCAUGCAGAAAUGCGUUCAAGACUAUUAGAAGAAUUCGUCGAAACGUAAGCGUAUGGAUAGGCAAAGCAUUUUGGGAGGCCCUUAAGGGGCCCUAUCCCCAUACCCUCACGUCCAAACACGACAGAGAGACUGGGCAUAAAUCCUAUCAACAGAGUUGUUUCUCAGCAUAAGAAAUUUUCCUAAAUCCUUCACUGAUAGCCCUCUAAGGAACGAGUAUCCUGUGACAAAUUCUUGGUAAAUCUUUUAUUUUUUCAAUUUUCA